AUGUAAGACACAAUGAGUAAGUAAAGCAACGGUCCAGAUCUCGUCUGUGAGAAAACCAAUCUCAGAGCUAUCGUGACAGUAGUCUAUCAAUUUUCUAAAGGGACAAAAGCCUACUGAAAUUAUGUUCCAAUUUGCUGCCGCCCCAACAAGAACGGUUUGCUUUCCUUUCGUCUUCGUUAAACGAAGAAAAUUUUCUUUCUCAUCUUCUCCGGAAGAUAGCGCUCAUACUUUCCUGGGAAAAUUCAAUCACAGUGAAUUGCACCUCAAUUAAGCCCAGUGCCGAUCACUAGUUCAGUUUAGUUGAGGCCUCUGUCUCUGGGAGCAAGCUGUCACUCUUUUCUUCAAAGAACUUGAGCAUAUGCAGUUCAGAAUAGUUUGAACAUAUUGUUGUAGUACAAAAGAAGGCCAAGAUAGACAUAUUUUAUUCUUUGAAAUAUUGUAAUGAGAGGGGUUUUCUUAUUGACAUUGAUUAGAACGAAGAAACAAAAUUUAACGACAGAGAAAAAAGUUUGUGUAAGAAUUGGAAGGAAAAUCCCUCUGUUUUUGUGACAUGAAGUCUUAAAUGAAGUAUAGCAUUGACCAAGCAUAUAGAAAUAUUGAAAUAGUUUUGGAUCUGCUCGAUGGGAUGGAGAAGUAUAUUGUAUUCUUUAUUUUUUCUUCUAACCGUGGCCGAGUCAUCAAAUAGAUCAUGGAAAAUGUGGUUGUCAACUGUGGAUCCCGAGCCAGAUUCAGUUGUAGCCAUCAGAUGGCCAAUUUUCAGUGCAAGCAUAUUUGUUGUUAUUGCUCUCGUCCUCUCCAUAUAUCUUAUCUUCGAACAUUUAGCUGCUUACAAUCAGCCUGAGGAGCAGAAGUUCUUGAUUGGACUCAUACUGAUGGUUCCUGUGUACGCUCUUGAAUCGUUUCUGUCGCUAUUGGAUUCAAAUGCUGCAUUCAACUAUGAAGUGAUUCGAGAUUGUUAUGAAGCAUUUGCAUUGUACUGUUUUGAGAGAUACUUGAUUGCCUGCUUAGGUGGGGAGGAGAGUACAAUUGAGUUCAUGGAAAGUAAGACUAUAAUCACUUCCAGCACACCUCUUUUGGAAGAUGCAUAUGCCUAUGGAGUUGUAGAACAUCCUUUCCCAUUGAAUUACUUUCUAAAGGACUGGUCUCUUGGUCGUGAGUUCUAUUAUGCUGUAAAAAUUGGCAUUGUUCAAUAUAUGAUACUGAAGAUGAUCUGUGCAGUGUUAGCCAUGAUUCUUCAAGCUUUUGGGGUUUACGGAGAAGGGAAAUUUGAGUGGAGAUACGGCUAUCCAUACUUGGCGGUUGUUCUUAAUUUCAGUCAGACUUGGGCCUUGUAUUGUCUUAUACAAUUCUAUUCUGUUACUAAAGAUGCAUUGGAACCAAUUAAACCAUUGGCCAAGUUUCUCACAGUCAAAUCUAUUGUAUUCCUGACUUGGUGGCAAGGUGUUGCUAUUGCGUUUCUUUUCUCAAUAGGAGCUUUUAAAGGGUCUUUGGCUCAAGAAUUGAAAACACGAAUACAAGACUAUAUCAUUUGCAUUGAGAUGGGUAUUGCAGCUGUAGUGCAUCUUUAUGUCUUUCCAGUUGUACCUUACAAGCGUGGAGAAAGAUGUGUCCGAAAUGUAGCUGUUAUGUCUGACUAUGCAUCUUUAGGAACACCUCCAGAUCCAGAGGAAGUUCGAGACUGUGAAAGAUCUACAAGAAUGCGCAUUGCCCGACAUGAUGAGAAAGAAAAUCGCUUGAAUUUUACGCAGAGUGUUCGUGAUGUGGUCCUUGGUAGCGGUGAAAUUAUUGUUGAUGACAUGAAGUACACUGUGUCACAUGUUGUUGAACCGGUUGAAAGGGGAAUGGCAAAAAUCAAUAAAACCUUCCAUCAGAUAUCUGAAAAUGUGAAACGUCAUGAAGAACGAAUGAGAAGCGCCAAGGAUGACAGUUAUCUUAUCCCUUUAAAUUCAUGGACGAGAGAAGUUUCUGAAGGUCAUGAUAAAGCACUUGAAGGGAGUGUCAGUGACAGUGGUAUGUCCAGGGAAAAGAGACCGCGUUACCAAUCGAAAGCAUCAAGAAGUAAAAAGGUUUCUGAUAUAUAAACUUUUUCAUCAUAUUUUUUCCCUGCAAGUUAAAUUCAGAAGGCGUUGCUAAUCUUAUUGCCAUUUUAGGAUAAGACCUUACACUCGAAAGUAUGUGCAGAAAAUCCGAAUUCUUAAUAAUUUCUUUUCUCA